UGAUUCCAGGAGCCUGCGGUUGUCGACGGAAACGGGAAAGAGAUAAACGUUAUUCCGGUAAGUGUAGCUCCUGUGCUUUCUGCGUUACGAGCGGUCCCCCGUAAGAGAGUGUCCCGGGUUUGUCAGCAGCGAUCAGGAAUAGCUGGGAUUCAAAAAUGGGAGAGCGCGUGAAUAACUUCCCUCCCCUGCCUCAGAUUUUGAGAAUAAAACCAUGUUUCUACCAUAACAUUGAAGAGGAAAUUCCCGCUCCCCACCAGCAGCUGGUGCGCAGAGUCUACACGCUCUGGAUGAUGUAUUCAGGCACGCUGUGCAUGAAUGUGAUCGCGUGUAUUGCCUGGUGGGCCGGGGGUGGAAGUGCCAUCAACUUUGGCUUCUCCCUGCUCUGGCUCGUCCUCUUCAGCCCCUGUAGUUACACCUGCUGGUUCAGACCACUCUACAAAGCCUUCAGGGCUGAUAGCUCGUUCAACUUCAUGGCCUUCUUCUUCAUAUUCUUUCUCCAGUGUGUCUUGGCCCUCAUCCAGACUAUAGGCAUAUCUAACUGGGGGACAUGCGGCUGGAUUGCCACAGUGAUGUUUUUCAGCACAAAUGUGGGCUCCGCUAUAGUGAUGCUUAUCGCAACUCUGCUCUUCACUGUGGUGACUGCUUUAAUGGCACUGGUGCUCAUUAGGGUGCACAGACUGUAUCGCGGCGGUGGUGGGAGUCUGGAGCGCGCUCAGGAAGAGUGGAGCACCGGCCUGUGGAAAAAUGCACCAGUGAGGGAAGCAGGGUUCAACGCUGUGGCUCAGACAGCCCAGGGCCCGAGUUUGCCCCAGUACCCUGCAGCAGUGCCAAACUAUCCUGACAACAGUCACUGGUGAUAGCCAAGCACCGCCUCUAGAUGGAGACAUAUAGCUGGCCAUUUCUGUGGUGCCUGUGGAAGCACUCAAAAGUGACACAUCAUUUCACCUUUACAUGACAAAAUGCCUAUUUAAUGCAUUCACAUUUUUUGAAAGAGAUUGUGAGAUUUAUCAAAUCAGAGCUUGUUAAAGCUCUUCACUUUCGUUUCAGAAUAUACCUUUACAUUUCAGCUUUGAUUACACACUGAUUAUUGAGAUGAACAAGAAAGAUUUUAUUUUAUUUCAAAAGAAAAUUGCUUAAGAAUUUGUAUGUCUUACAAACACAGGAAACUCAGAAACAGUUUUGUGAUAGUAUGUGAAGGACGCGUGCCUUAUGGACAUUUAUGUGAGGAGAGUUUUGUGUGUUGACAGCUGCAUGCUAGGCAGUGAGCUGAAGAAAAGGGUUGUUUAUUUUUCAAUUUUGAAACAAUAGAAAGUCUUAAAACUGCGAUUUAUUUUACCUGAAGGAACUAUUCUGUGUUUAUGUAUUUGGGCAGGACUCUAGUUUAGUUUUUAUUCAUUGUGUUUGAUAUCUUCACGCAUGUCUGCUGUAGCUUUCUUGAAACGCGCCUUACUAUUACGUGCACAUUUUGCAUGUGAUAAAAUGACUGUCGCCUUAACGAUUGCUUUUAAAAAACUGGAUUCAUGCUUCAGUGAAGCAACAUGUAGAAAGAUUUAAAAAAUGAUUGGUGCAUAAUCCUCCUUUGUGAUUGGUCACUGAGCAACUGAUGUGCCAUAGCACCCUAUCUCUCUCCUUGAUUUUGAUACUGAGGAAGAAGUCACACCCUUACUGGACACGUGUUGUUCUCUGCUUUAGUAUUUCCCAGUUUCGAUGUUUCCAAAUCGGCACUGUUUGCUUUUAGAGGUCAGCGCCCUGCUGUGAAACACCUUAUCAGCUGUUGUCACUGUUCCACCCACUUUUCUCUCAGAUAGACUGAUUUUUUGUUUUUAGUGACUGCAGUGACUGUUUGCAUGCAGUUUAUCAGGGGUGGGGAACUAAAGAGGAUUUUUCUAUUUCAAAUAUACUGACAUCAUAUAACCAAUACAACCCGACACAGACUGACUCAAAGAAAAAAAUGGAACUGCAGUAAGGUGGAAUUUUGCAUGUGUCACUGUAUGAUACCGAAUACAGAUUAAAACCUCUGAUGUCUUUGAUUGCAGGUUAUUUUACAGAUUACUUUUUUUUUUUUUUUGUAUUUAUAUCAGAUAUUAAAUGAAGCAUGAGCACCAACUGGAAGGACACGGUGUUCUUCUCAUACCUUAUUUUUCUUUUCUUGUUACAAAGUGUCCUUCAUGGCCAACUGCCAAAUGUAGUAUUUAGUUUUUCUCUGUUCUUUGAUAAGCGACAGACUAUUACAGAUGUUAAAAUAAUCUUUAAAUAUUGCAGCAUUUCAAUAAAUAUUCUUACUCA